ACCCCCCUCCCCCCCCACCCCCGCGGAGGCCUGUUGGUGCCAUGGCGUCCCGGCUGUUGGACCGUCUGAAGCGCUCAUUGUUUAAGGAUGGACAGGGGGCGGGACCAGAGCAGGAAGCAGGAGAUGCACAGGAAGAGGAGGAGUUUCGAGAGGACAGCUGGGAGGCAGAGCUGGAGGAGGAGGAGGAGUGUGUGAGCGACCGGCUCGGGGGGACGCUCUGCUUCGACAGCGGAGGGGGAGGGGAGGACGGAGGCGAGGGAGAAGGGUCUGAGUUCGACAGCGACUCCGACUUCAUGGGAGAGUCGAUGGAGGAGGGGCUUAGCAGCACGGAUGCCAGUCCAGUGGGCGUGUCCCCUGUAGGCCCCUCCCCCUCCUCCCUGCUGACUCGGCAGCUUCAGGAGAGCUGGAGGAGCCUGCGUGGACUCGGAGGAGGAAGCACCUCGUCCAGUGGGAGGAGGAUGACGGACUGCUUGAUGUUUGAGGUGACGGACGCCAGUGUGGUGCAGGACGCCGCGUCCAAAUACGUGGUGAGUCCAAAUAUGGACAACAAGCUUUACACCAUCCAUGUCAUCCAAUCCGGCGGCAGCGACAAGACUCCAGCCAUCAUCACCCGCCGAUACUCCGACUUCCAGCGGCUCCACGCCACCCUGCGUCGUAACCACGGAGACCAGAUGGAGCGUGUCUGUUUCCCACGGAAGAAGCUGAGGAGCAACUUCACAGCAGAGACGAUCGCCAAGCGGAGCCGAGCCUUUGAACAGUACCUGUCUCACCUGUGUUCCCUGUGCGGCCUGCGGGGGGCGCUCUGUGUCCGACAGUUCUUCUACCAGAGCGACCUGCAGACUGCACAGCUCCUCAUCAGGGUGGGACGUCACCAGGAGGCCUUGGGUCCGCUGCUCAACGCCAAGAGACUUCAACAAAAACUGGGCUGGGCAUGUUACUAUGACAGCCAGGCUCAGGCCCCGCCCCCUGCCCCCUCCCAUUGGUUCUUCACCUUGGUCGGGCUGUCGUGCUGUUUCCAGGAAGUGGACCAGCUGGAGGAGGCGAGGGAUCACUGCGACCUCGCCCUCCGCGUUCUCGUCCCCGCUGACGCUCAGACUGAGUCGGACGAUAAGCCCCUCCCACUCACAGAUACACCACACCCCCUCCUGUUACCGUUGUUACAGGCGGUGGUUCGGCUGUCGUGGCAGACGGGAAAAGAUAAGCGCCAGUGGGAGGGGCUCCUGAAGCAGCUGGAGGAGCUGUGGGCGGGGCUUGACAAUCAGCCGACUGUGAAAGAGUUUCUGGUCAAACAGAAUCUGGAGGAGAGCGAGGGGGAGGGCUAGAAUCACACACACACACACACACACACAGACACACACACACACACACACACACACACACAGACACAGACACAG